AAGAAUAGAUAAGGUGUAAAUGGUAAUGUAUCAGGGGAUGUUGGUGUGUAUUUUAGGAUUUAUAUGCUAAAAAUGUCUGGAGGACAGGAUCCAGCAAGUUGCUAGCAGCCAAAGCUUUGCACUGUAGUGUGAUUUCUAACAGGCUUCAGAUAUCUGCAGUAACUUGACUAACAAGGCAAACAAUGACUGUAAAAGUCUAUCCCAGCCUUUUGGUAUUAUUCCUGACCAAUACUGUGUGGACUCGGAAUGUGAGACAAGUCUAUGAUGUGAUGGAUCCAGAGGAUUGGUCUCUCUUCACCUUUGAGUGUCCACAAGAAUGCUUCUGUCCUCCCAGCUUCCCCAAUGCUUUAUACUGUGAUAACAAGGGACUUAAAGAAAUACCUGCAAUCCCAGCAAGAAUCUGGUAUCUCUAUCUGCAGAACAACCUGAUUGAAACAAUUUCUGAGAAGCCUUUUGUGAAUGCCACUCAUCUGAAAUGGAUAAAUUUAAACAAGAAUAAAAUCACCAGCAAUGGAAUUGAAAAAGGUAUGCUUGGCAAACUGAAGCGUCUGCUUUACUUGUUUCUUGAAGAUAACGAGUUGGAAGAGGUGCCUGCUCCAUUACCAACAAGCUUAGAGCAACUGAGACUGGCUAGAAACAAAAUCUCAAGGAUCCCUGAAGGGGUCUUUAGCAACUUGGAAAACCUUACGAUGCUAGAUCUGCAUCAUAACAAGCUGUUGGAUAGUGCUCUCCAGAGUGAUACCUUCCAGGGGCUCAACAAUCUCAUGCAACUCAACAUAGCAAAAAACUCCCUCAAGAAAAUGCCACUAAGCAUUCCAGCUAAUACAAUGCAGCUGUUUUUAGACAACAACUCUAUUGAAGUGAUCCCAGAGAACUACUUUAGUGCAAUACCCAAAGUGACUUUCCUUAGACUGAACUAUAAUAAAUUAUCUGAUGAUGGCAUUCCCCCAAAUGUGUUUAAUGUUUCAUCUAUUCUAGACCUACAGCUGUCCCACAACCAACUCACUAAAAUUCCACCUUUCAGUGCUCAUCUUGAGCAUCUUCACCUUGAUCACAACAGGAUCAAAAGUGUCAAUGGCACUCUUAUCUGUCCCAUUGCCAUUGAAGAUCACAGUUCCUAUGGUAAUAUGCCACGUCUCCGCUAUCUCCGCCUGGAUGGAAAUGAAAUUCAACCUCCUAUCCCAUUGGACAUCAUGAUAUGUUUCCGGCUUCUUCAAGCUGUUGUUAUUUGAAAAUAUCUCACUAUCACAUUUGGAUUUUCAGAGUUUAAGAAGCAAGUUUUGCUGGCAUAAAACUUGUUCUAAUUCAUAAGUCAAUCAAUAUUUUUUCUUUUUACUCUAAAUUCCUACUUGCUUGUAUCAUUUUAAAUUUGCAAAUAUUUCUCUUCCUUCAGAAAAGAGGUUCCCAAAUCUAUAUGCAAUGUGUUUUUUUAAAAAUUCCUAAUGCAAAUAUACUGCAAAUUAUGUAUUUUUAAUGUUCCUACAGUCCCAGUGCAAGUUCAUCUACUCUUCGCCUAUCUUGUUAAAUUCUACAUUAAGUAUGAAUUCCUCUAAGGGCAUUUUUAGAUCAAAUUAUAGUUUCCUUACACUCUAUUAUAAUGCACAGAUUUAUGAAUUCAGGGUACACUUGGCCUGAUGUGUAUUAUAAAAAAAUCAAGUACUAUACUGCUAUCAGUUAUCAUACCUUACACUCUCCUUUCUUAAAAUUGGUACUGCUGUAACUGACAGUGAACAGCCUUUCAUAGUAUGAAUAAAUUACACCAAUUUCUUGUUUGUUUGUUUUCUUUACAGAUUGAAGUCUUCUAGUGAUACUUCCUUAGCUGCAUAGGCAUGACAUUUAUCAGACUCUGGGUACCAUAGCACUUCUAGGUGUACCACAUACAUUGAAAUAUGCAUAUAUAGAACUGGACUACAAAUAUAUGAGAUGUGAAAUGCAGUGUUCUGAACUCAAAACCAUGGAUAAGGAAAUCCAGGCUGAAAUCCCUGACUCCAUUGAACCUUUUGCCAUUGACUUCAGUAGAGCUAGGAUUCCAUCUCCAAUGUUCUAAUUCUGUUUCCUUCUGUGGCCUUGAGUAAGUCACUUAACUAAUGUGUUUCAGUUUCCAUAUAGGUAAAAUGGGGAUAAUACUGCUUACCAACUUCACAGGAAUAUUGUGGGGAAAUAGUUAAUGUCUGAAAAAAUAUGAUAACAUACAAAAGCCCCAAAAUAUGUCCUGCAGAUACAUGACAAGGAUGUGUCAAAAUAUGCAAAUGUUUUCAUUGAAAGAAAUGUCAUUUUUACGGCAAAUGUAAUCAGUUCAGUGUAAUAUUUAGUAUUCUACUGACCCAUACAAAGAGACUGGAUUUUAACGAAGUCCAGGUACUUAAACCUGGCACAUACAAAAUCCAUUAAUAAUGGCAGUACCAUUGGGAUAUCUUUCUAUAAAG